AUAGUCUCUCGUCUAUGGAAUUGUUCUGCUGCCCAUAGAAAUUAUCUCUGUAAGCUAAAACAAAAUGUAAAUGCUUUAGAGAAUUCUUUCAUGAAACUGAAAGAACGUAGAGAUGAUGUGAAGGAAAGGGUUCAUACUGCGGAGUCCAAUCAAACAGAGCCAGCAAAACGUACCCAUGAAGUUAGUGGUUGGAUGCAAAGAGUGGAAAUGUUGGAACAAGAAAUAGAAAGCAUAUUACAAGAAUGUGUCAAGAAUGAAAGAAGAAGCUAUUUUUGUUGCUGGGGUCGAAAAAAUUGUUGCAUUGGUUACAAACUUGGCAAGAUAGUGGUGGAACUGCUGAAUGAUGCCGAUAAGUUCUGUAAUGAAGGUGUCUUCCAAGUCUUGGUUGAUAAAUCUCAACCCGAUAUUGUUCGAGAGAUAGCCACAACCCAAGCUGUGGGAAUAGAGUCAAAUCUAGAGGAAAUAUGGAGUUUAUUGGCCGAUGAGGAAAGUCUUGAGAGAAUCAUAGGCUUAUAUGGAAUGGGUGGAGUCGGAAAGACAACUCUUUUGAAGAAUCUAAACAACAAGUUUCUCAAAAGAAACCAUCAUUUCGAUAAAAUCAUUUGGGUUGUGGUGUCAAAGGAUAUAGAUAUUCAAAAUAUUCAAAAGCAGAUCGGCAAGUUACUUGGGUUGUCAUGGUCAGAAGAAACAAAUAUAGAUGACAGAGCUAAAGAUAUAACCGAAGUGCUAAAGAACAAGAAAUUUGUGUUGUUCUUAGAUGAUAUUUGGGAAAGAGUUGAUUUAGCAACCGUUGGAAUUCCAGAUCUAACAAAAGAUUCUCAAGAAAUGAUCAAUAUUUCUAGAGUUGUCUUCACUACAAGAUCUGAGUCUGUGUGUGGGCUUAUGGAAGCUGAUACAAAGAUUAAAGUAGAUUGCCUACAGUGGGGCGAAGCUUGGAUUUUAUUUCAAGAAAAGGUCGGACAACAAGAGUUAACAAAUUGCCCAAACAUACUUGAGAUCGCCAAACAAGUUGCAAAAGAAUGUCUUGGUCUUCCUCUAGCACUCGUUACCAUUGGUCGAACUAUGGCCAGCAAAACAACUCUUCCACAAUGGCAAUACGCUCUCACUGUUCUACAAAAAUCAGCAUCAGAGUUUUCAGGCAUGGCGGAAGAAGUGUUAGCAAAGAUGAAGUUUAGUUACGAUAACUUACCUACAGAAAAGUUGAAGUCUUGCUUCUUAUAUUGCUCGCUAUACCCAGAAGACUAUUCGAUUAUUAAAGUUGAUCUAAUUAGACUUUGGAUAGGAGAAGGAUUCUUAGAUGAAGUUUAUAAUGAAGGUCAUGAUGUUAUUGAAAAUCUUAAAGGUGCAUGUUUGCUAGAAACUGGUUUCUUUCUAGUCAAUGGAGAUUCUGUGAAAAUGCAUGAUGUAGUUCGUGAUUUAGCAAUUUGGAUAGUCUCAGAUCUUGGGGGGAAAAAAGGUAAGUAUUUAACAAUUCAAGCAAAAAAUAAACUGAAGCUCCACAAAUGGGAGAAGGCAGAGAAGAUCUCUCUAGUAGGUAAUGAAUCAAUUGGAGAACUUAAUGGAGCACCAAAUUGCUUGAAUCUCUCAACUCUGCUACUGCAAGACAGUAAAGCACAAAUUAUAUCUGAUGAUUUUUUUCGUUCUAUGCCCAUGCUCAAAGUUUUAGAUAUGUCUAAAAUGGAAAUCAGCGAUUGCAACAAACUCCCAGCAAGUAUUUUUUCACUCACGGAAUUACAAUAUUUUGACCUGUCAUUUGUCUAUUGCAAGCAUAUUUAUAUUGAUCUAAGUCCAGGGACUUUGGUUUGUCUUACAAAGUUAAAAAUGUUGAACUUUUAUUGUUCAAAUACAUUCAAUUGGGAAGUAGAAGGUGGACCAAGCCUCAGCGAGUUAGAAUGCUUAAACGAUUUAAAUUAUCUCGGAAUAAAGAUAGGGACUAGUCAUGCUCUUCAAAGAUUGGCAAGUAGUCACAAACUGCAAUUGUGCACAAAUUUGUUACAAAUUUACAGAUGUCAGGAUAUCACAACCCUGGUUUUAUCACCGUUGUCUUUACCAGCGGCUUCACCAAUAUCAUCAUUAGUUAGUUUAGGAAACAUGGUUGGUUUGAAAACACUUCAGCUCGACUGUUGCUGGAGGUUAGAAGAGUUGAGAAUCGUGAGUUGGGUAGGUAUGGAAGAUAAGGCUACUUUGUUCACAAGUUUGGAGAUACUUCAACUUUUUGACAUGCCAGAGUUAAAGAUUGCGUGGCAUGUGGCUCAACAGUCGUUGUUUUGCUUUGUGAACCUUAAACAAGUAAGUAUAUGGUGUUGUCCUAAACUAAAGGAUGUAACAUGGUUGAUAUAUGCUCAAAAUCUUGAAACACUUGAUUUGGAAUAUUUGGAUGGAUUAGAAGAGAUAAUUUCUGAUGGCCUUGCAGCCAAAGAGAAGUUAAAAACUACGUUUUCGAGACUCAAUAGUCUGAGUUUCUUUAACAUUCCAAAACUAAAGAGAAUAUGUAACCAUAAUGUUGAGUUCCUUUGCUUGGAGCAUAUUGAAGUGAACCGGUGUCCAGAAUUGAAGAAGCUGCCAUUUAACACCAAUAGUGUGAUCCCCCGGACUUUAGGGAAGAUUGAAGGAGAUAAGAAAUGGUGGGAAAGCCUAGAAUGGGAAGAUGAAGCCACUAAAUCUAAUCUUGCUCCUUAUUUUUGUGAAACUUGA